AUGUCUUCAGUCGGCGACAAAGAGCUGUCACUCCAGGGGCUGUCCAUCAAAGGCGAGUCCAACGCACCGGAAGUCGGCCGCAAAGACUCCGUCGACCGCUUCGGCGACGCUUUGACUCAACGGUUAUUGUCUUAUCUCGCGCUCGAAGACCGGUUCCGCUUGGAAUGCGUGUCCAAACGGUUUCAGAGGGUUGUCUACGAGCCGGUGACGGACCUAAUCAUUGGCGACCACUUGAGUACAAAACUGAACGACAAGUCCUUUGAGUCGAUACUCAAGAAGUGUAAACACAUCACGAGAAUCGAGUUAACGGUCAAUAACUCGAGGCUCGAGUCGAUUGUCAAACACUGCCCCCAAUUGGCGGCAAUCGAUGUCCGGUUUGACGGCGACAUCAGCGACGAGAUAAUGGAUCAGUUCUUCGCCACUUUCGCCAAACAACUGAAAUCAAUAAAAGCCUACAUUUUGUGCGAAUACAUCACUGUCUGGAAGUGUUUGGAGACUAAUCUCAAGAGUUGCGCCGAAGUCACCAAAAUAGCCGUUCAAUACGAUUAUCACAACUAUUUUGGCGACAAUUUACUGCAUCUGAUGAGCGGUGACGACGACAAUGAGGUGCUGUUCCCGAAGCUGAAGGCAAUGGACUUCGUGUUCGCCGCGCACGACAUCAACCACUUCGAGACGUUUGUCCGGAACUACGGCCAGAGAUUGACCGCAAUUGAGGUGACAGUGGAUGAGAGGAACUGCGACGACAAGGCGAUGGCUGUCCUGUUGGGCGGUGUGUCGCGGAUGCCGGCCCUCAAGGACCUGAAGAUCGCCAGCAGUUCCAUCGACUCCAUGGACUCAUUGCCCACGCAAUUGAAGCAAAUCGGCCUAAACUGCGCUCAAUUGAAGCGCCUGUCGCUCGACCUGAACACGAAGUCCAACAAAACCUUCCGGCAGACCAUCCAAACGAUUAACGAUAACUACCGACGCAUUCGGCGCCUGGAGUUCAGCGGAAACCCGACCAAAGAGUUCGUACUAAUGAGCGACUCGUUCAACGGGUUGACCCGUUUGUCGCACCUGACGCUACUGAACGUGACGUUCCUGUUCGUGAACCAAAUACACGACUCGUUCCCACGGCUUCAGUACCUACGGCUCCGGAAAGUGAACAUCUCGGACGACGUCCUCGAGUUGGUCUCGAAGUUGCCUCUUUACGCCUGGUAA